AUGCGCACGUUCAUGAUCAUUUUCGAGCGAAAUUUUGAGAAAUAUUUUCCAAUUAACUCAAUUCAUUCGUUACAAUGCCUGGUGGUAAAGCUGGUAAAGAUCAUGGCAAAACAAAGGCCAAAGCUGUUUCACGAAGUGCUCGUGCAGGUCUUCAAUUUCCUGUCGUCACGUACGACAUCGCACGGUCGUGUUGGUGCAACCGCUGCUGUCUACACUGCUGCUAUUCUUGAAUAUUUAACUGCUGAAGUUCUCGAACUUGCCGGUAAUGCAUCAAAGGAUCUCAAAGUAAAACGUAUCAACCCACGUCAUUUACAAUUGGCCAUUCGUGGUGAUGAAGAAUUGGAUACAUUGAUUAAAGCAACCAUUGCUGGUGGUGGUGUCAUUCCACACAUCCAUAAGUCACUUAUUGGCAAGAAAACACCAGUUCAAGGAAGUUUACCUCAACCAGCUGCCAAAGGUGCCGCAUAA